AUGAAGUUCACUGCCGCUUCCCUUGCUGCCCUCGCUGGCAUCGCUAGCGCGUCUAUCAUCUCGGAGACGGACAUCAUCCAGCGCGACGUGUCCGAGCAGUGCACCUAUGGCACCACCGGGUUGCAGGCGCAACAGGCUUUCGUAUACCCCCUCUUUGAGGCCUGCAAGUCAAGGCUCACCGGGAGCACCAACCUCUGGGGUAACCCGGUCUGCGUUGCGGCUGCAAUCGUUGGCAGUCCCGGUCUCGUCCGUGAUGCGCUCUCUUGCGAUACCUCUGAUAUCCCGACGAUGAGCACGCUUCUCAACCUGGACUACGGGGUCUACGCUGAGAUCGUCGGCUCGUGCGCGUACGCUAGCACCGCUUGCGGCAUCACCCAGCAGAACCUCAUUGACUUCGUCUACCGCGAGAUCGGCACCGAGGACUCCGCUUCGUGGCCAACAUCUUCCGAUGAGCUCGUCUCGGCGUAUAUUGCUCCGCUUAUGGAGUGGACCGCCACCGGCGAGACUGUCCCGUAUACCAACUUCAACGACUGGCUGCACUAUGCGCCGGACGAUGUUCUCGAGGACUGCUAG